AUCGCGUUUUCUUACUUUUCCUUCAACAACACCCAUCCCCCACCAUCAUCCGUACCUCUUUGGUUCUUCAUUCACGCACAGGAUUAAAGAUGGCUGAACCUAUUCCAAACAAGAAGGCUGACCUUUUAGGUGCUCCCACUCCACAGAACACACCUGCCAACACUGCGCCCAUUUCUUCUCGUGCUCAGCAGCCCAAUAUCGCAAGCAUCAAAGAAGAGGAUCUCGACCGUGCCGCAGCAGCUUCUAUCUUCGCCCAGAACCCAAAGCUUGUCUCCAUGAUUCAAGGAAAACUCGGUUCGCUCAUCGGCCGGUCGUCUGGCUACAUCGAGUCGCUUCCCGCCUCUGUUCGCCGCCGGGUUGCUGGUCUCAAAGGAAUCCAGAAAGAACAUGCCAAGCUUGAAGCUCAGUUCCAGGAAGAGGUGUUCCAGCUAGAGAAGAAAUAUUUUGCAAAGUUCGCGCCACUCUAUCAGAAGCGUGCGACCAUCAUCAACGGCCAGGCUGAGCCCACCGAAGAAGAAGUCGAAGUUGGCAAGGCUGGUGAGGAAGAAGACCAGGAUGAGGACAAGAAAGCCGAAGAAUCUAAAGAUGAGUCGAGCGACGUUGCUGUCUCUGGUAUCCCAGAGUUCUGGCUCUCUGCUAUGAAGAAUCAAAUCUCCAUCGCAGAGAUGAUCACCGAUAGAGAUGAAGAAGCCCUCAAGAAUCUUACCGACAUUCGCAUGGAGUACCUUGACCGUCCUGGAUUCCGUCUCAUUUUCGAAUUCGGAGAGAAUGAGUUCUUCACAAACAAGACGAUCUCCAAGACCUACUAUUACCAGGAGGAGAGUGGUUACGGUGGUGACUUUAUCUACGAUCAUGCCGAAGGUGAAAAGAUCAACUGGAAGGAGGGCAAGGACCUUACUGUGCGGAUAGAGAGCAAGAAGCAGCGCAACAAGACCACCAAGCAGACUCGUGUCGUCAAGGUCACGGUGCCGACCCAGUCCUUCUUCAAUUUCUUCUCGCCCCCAAAGCCUCCACGUGAAGAAGACGAGGAGGAGGAGGUUCCCGAUGAUAUCGAAGAGCGCCUUGAGCUUGAUUAUCAACUGGGUGAAGAUAUCAAAGAGAAACUCAUUCCGCGUGCUAUUGAUUGGUUUACCGGAGAGGCAAUGCAAUAUGAAGAAUAUGACGGGGACUUUGAGGAGGAAGACUUCGAUGACGACGACGAUGACGACGAUGAUGAUGACGACGAUGACCGAAGAUCGGGUGAUAUGGACGAUGAGUCCGAAGACGAGGAUGACGGAUCUAAGCCAAAGAAGGAGGCGCCUGAGUGCAAGCAGAGCUAAACCACCGAACCACCUGCGCGGAACCACCCUUGCUUUUGGAUGAGGGUGUUUCAAUCAUGAUGCGCGAUUUGCCACCCCCUUUACACAGUUCGUUUUCCGUUUUCCGAACCUCUAAAAUCGAAUCAUGCAACCCCUCAUACCUCAGUUGUCCUUCUCAUCCAAGAAUUUCCUUUUUUUUGAACCAAAUAUGGAGUGUAAUAUCUUUCUCCCUGUGCGCGCUUCCCCAUUUCCACCCCCAGCAUCGUUAUCCUGUCUUGAACCUGGUAUCAUAAAGCUACAGAGGCUUCUUAAAACUGGCCUCAUCACUAUUCUUGCCUGAGUCAUAUAUUUCGCCUUUUCCCAUCAAAUCGGGAUCAGGUCUUGACGCGAGGUGCUGGUCAGAGCUUCUUGGCGUGAGGCGUGGUUGAAUUAGAAAUUGCCUGUGUUACUUAUUUGCUGCAAGUAUGCGUUCGAAUGUGAUGUAGAAGGACCAUGAUAUAUUAACUGCCGUUUCCUAUACUGCUG